GCCCCAUGGGCCGCGGCCCAUCCAACCGCCUCCCAAGUCCAAGCCUCGCGAGUCUCGCCCGAAGCUGUGGCACUGGCACCUUGACACUGUCCUCGCGCAGCCGCCGGCGGCGGCCGGGCACCUUCGUCCAGUCACCAUGCCCCCGCCUUGGCGCCUUCUCGCUAGACGCCUCUGCUCCGCCUCCGACCCCACCCACGCCCCGACGCCAGCCACGGUCUCCGCCGCCGCCGAUCUCGCGGCGGCCGCCGUCCGCCGCACGCCUCGGUUCGAGUCCUGCCUCCUCUCUCUGCUCCCGCGCGCCGUCCUCUUCCACCCGGACUGCCUCCGCCUCACGCUCUCCCGCCUCCUCCCAUCCCCCGCCCCAUCCCUCCGCUUCCUCCUCUUCGUCUCCUCCCACCUCCCUGCCCCCGCUGCCGACGCCUCCCCGGCCCCGGAGGGCGCCUCCCCUCCGCUGGCCGGAGUCGACUCCUUCCUCCUCCGCCUCCCCCCGCCGCUCGCCGCCGACGCCGCGGACCUCCUCGCUUCCCACCUCCGCAUCUACCCGUCCCUCCCCGCCCUCAACGCCGCGUCCCACCGCGCCCUCCGUGCCUCCCGCCCGGACCUCGUCUUCCGCCACUUCUCAGCCUUCUCCGCCUCCCCCGCUUUCCCGGGCGACGCUGGCACCGUCGCCUGCCUCGCCCGGGCCUGCGCUGCCGAUGGGCGCCCGCUCGACGGCCUCCACCUCCUCCGGGACGCUGCGCGCCGCGGCUCCCCUCCGUCAGCUGACGCCGUCGCCGACCUCGUCGGGGCCUUCGCGGCUGACGGUAACUUUGGCAAGGUCUCAGAGACGCUCCACCUUAUGAUCGCCUCCGGAUGUCCCGCAAACACGGUUGUCUACCAGCGCAUCAUACACCAACUCUUUGCCCAAGGGAUGGGUGGCGAGGCUCUCCGUGUCUUCAGCGAGAUCAAGCUGCGGGGUUAUGACAUAGACAGAGUCACAUAUACCACAGUGAUAGACGGCUUAUGCAAAAUGCGGCGCAUUGGCGACGCGCGGAAGAUGUGGGAUGAGAUGGUGGACAGAGGAUUUGAGCCUAAUGAGUAUGCCUAUUGCUCGCUCAUCGAUUACUAUUGCAAAGCUGGUGAUUUUGAGAAGGCACACGGGGUAUAUGACGAAAUGCUUGAGAAGGGGAUGAAGGAGAGUACUGUUAGCUGUAACAUUUUCAUUGCAGGGUUUUGUGUUCAUGGGAUGAUGGACGAAGCAGUUGCAGUGUUUGAUGGGAUGGUGACAAAGGGGAUUGAGCAUGAUGUGCUAACUUACAAUACAUUGAUCCAGGGCCUAUGCAAGGUUCAAAAGUUUUCCCUGGCGAUAGGGAUGUACGAGCAGUUACUAUCAUCUGAUUUGGAGCCAACUGUGUCAACCUUCACACCACUCGUUGACGCCAUGUGUGAGGAAGGACAGGUGGAUGAUGCAGUGGAGCUGAUCAAGCUGAUGCGAGCUAAGGGCUUGGAGCCAUUGGUGCGGAGCAACGAUAGCGUCAUAAAUGGGUUCUGUAGGAUCAGUAGAUCCGAUGAGGGCAUGUCAUGGUUAGCAGGUAUGUUGAAGAGAAAUAUAAAACCUCGACAACAGACGUUUAACACUUUGGUGGAAUCGCUGAGCACCUCUGGGCGGCUGGAUGAUGCAUUGCUGGUCCUCAAUAUAAUGUUCAAAGUUGGAUUUGAGCUAGACAGGUUUGCUUGUACGAUACUUGUCAAUAAGCUAUGCACAGGCAGUGUAUCUUACUCUCACAAAUUGGAUGAUAUUUUGGUGAGCAACUAAUGGCAAAACUAGUAGCAAUCAGUUAUCUUGCAAAUGUUCCAUUGGCUUUCCCAAGACUGAUGCCUCUAGCAAGACACUGUUGUUGUUGGUCCUGUCAGACAGUACUCAAAUUCCUUCUGCCGAAGAUUCUGGUGAUCAAAGUUUUGAUGUCAUUGUUGGUUCGUAAUUCAACUCUUGACUCUAUCAUCUUUGCAAUUGUUAUGGAGCUUGUCAAGUGUUGUAGCUCCAGUAGUGUUAGUCCAAAAAUUUAAUGAGUGUUUCUUUUACUUCAA